AUGGUACGAACUGGGAAGAAGAUUAAGAAGGGCAAGAAGGCGUUCCAGUCUCAACAACCCCAACAACCCACAGUACCUUGGCCACCGCGUGGGGGAACUGCCACAGAUUUGGUCUGCAAGUCUAGUAUGGUUGAUGACGCGUUCUCAGCCAAUCCACAGGAUCUGUGUAAACCAAAGACACAGGACGGUGUAACACAUGGUGCUUUCGAAAUGGAUUCACAGGCACAACGCUCAGUUCAAGGGCAUCAAGCGCCUGCUUACAACCACAAGUUAGUAGCUCGCAACAUGCAGGACAACGAGAGCACACCACGUGAAGCGGAAUCCUACGAUAUGUUUAAGGACAUGCCAGAAAAAGUAUCUCAGACCUUUCCGGUAUCUUCAGCAAAACAUGUAUUCCCAACAACACCAACGACCGCUUCUUUCACCAUCGUUGAGCAGCGCCAUGUUGUCGGAGUGGAUCAGCAUUCACAUCCAACCAUUCAAGAUCAGUCAGCUUUGGCACCCGACCGGCAGGCAUUGGUUGAUCCUCCUCCUGACCAAUAUGCCGCCUCACAGACCCACGAGGUUCACCAAAGCCACGUCCCGCAAAUUGCCCAGUUGCCAAGCACCAUGGCUACUAUUGCUCAGCCCUCCCUGCCACAGACGGGAAAGAAAGCCGGACAGCCAAGGGAGGCUGAAGCUGUCCUUCAUGGAGUCUCAGGUCGAGACGGAUCUGAUCGUGUCAACAAGCCACGAAGAAAGACACGAGUAGUCAGCGCACCCUCCCCUCAUGCUACACAGGGACCAUCAAUAUCCACUGUCAUGGAACAAUCAUUGAACGACCUGAAAGUGGCAAUGUUGGCCGAUAGCUACCUGAUUCAACACGAACACAAUACAACAAAGAAACAGCAUGAAGAGACGAUUACAAAACUCCAAGACUCCAUCGUUAUGUGGGAGAAGAAGUAUGAAGAGAGCCGCAAAGGCUACAGCAAGGUGCUGGAUGGUGCGAAGAACAGGCAGAAAUACCUCACCGGUCUUCAAAGCGACCUUGAACAGAUGCAGAAGUACACCAAUGACUGCGAGAAGGAGAGGAAAGAAGCUUGA